CUCGGAGCCAUGUCUGACUCUGCCGCUGUUUUCUACGCUACCGCCAUCCGUCUUCCCAUUCCCGAACCUGCUGUGAAGUGACUCGGUGGACUUCUCGCUGCUCCUCCCGCACCCAGCAUGUCGACUUUGCACGUCACGGACCGCUCCCGGCGUGGAAGAUCAUCAUCCAGGUCGGGGCGGGACAGAUCCAGAUCACGAAGCAACGUACGAGCCCCGGAGGCUCCAGAAGUGCCUCGUCAAUAUGCAUACCUGAAUCUUCCUCUUCCCACUGCGUCUGCUGUGCCUGCCGCUGCUGCUGCCGCUGCUGUGAACAACAUGAAUGGAUCCACUGCCUACCCGGUGUAUGAUGUGCGCUCUCCCCACCAGACCACUCCAGCUGCUUCCCGCUACCUGCCCACCACUGCUUCCACCUCUCAAUAUGCCCCUCCGCUCUCCGCUCCCGCUCCCGCCCCCGCUCCGUAUGCGCCACAUCAGAGUACACCAUAUCCAGCGGACGAUGCGGGACUCACCAUGGCCGGCUUCGCUGAUUUCCCCCCCGAACAACGUCCUGGAUAUGUGCCCUCACAGGGUGCAUACAUGCCACGCUUUCCUAGAAGAGCAAGUGAUGAAGACGACCUAGCCUACGGAUCGGAAUCUUCCAAAGCAUCAGCUCUUCGCGGCAGACAACAGGAACCACUCUCUCGCCAUGCUUCCUACACCUCGAGUGCUGCUCAGCGAUAUACCCCGACUGCUCCCGUAGAGUCCAGACCCCCCGCUCAGCAGUACCAGUACAGUCAGCCUCCCGAGAAGGCAAAGUACAGCGCCAAGCCCAAUGUUCUGCCCACACAGCCCACCUACAUUGCUACGCCGCCAGACCCACCCAGGCCGAAUUUGAGGUACAAUCCGACCCCUGCUGUCCGCCCAUAUGAACAGCUUCCACGGACCUACUCAAAUGAGUCCUAUAACCGAGAUCAUGGCGCCCAAGUGGUGGACAUCACACCGGGCAGGGCGAAAGUGGACCGCAAGACUUCCAGCACCAUCCAUCAUCGUCUCUCGACCUCUGACCUUCCCACCCAGCCACCGAUUGGAUUAGCUCCACAAGGACUCGGGUCGCGAAUGGAGCGUCUUUCAGUCAGCGGUAAUAGACCUGAUAUGCAAUCUCUGGGCUUUGGUGGUGGUGCUGGUGGUGGAGGAGGUCUUCCUCCCCCAAGUCCCAUGCUAGAAGCAUAUCAUGGCACAUAUCAGUCCAUCUCACCAAUGCCCCUUGCAAUGCGACCUGAUGAUGACUUGGACGUGGAAGACCUCCCGCCAUUAUCACCGUUGCCUGUGAGAACAUCGGGUUCGUCUCGCCUGGAUGCCGAUCUAGCCAAACGUGAUUCGCAAGGCAAGAAACGUGUCAUUAUGUAUGACCCAGAGGAAGAUGCGAAGAAGAUUGCUUCUGCACUUUCACACCGCACGGGCAAGAUUGAUGCUGAUCUGAUCUGCGAUGUACUGCCCCAUUUGACCCAUGACCAAGUCAUGGAAGUACGAAAGGAGUAUAAGAAGCAAGUCAAAGUGCAAGGCAAAGGUGUGAACAUGGGCAAACACAUCAAUAUGAAGCUGACCGGCAACUUCGGCAAAGCCGUAUACGUAUGUGCAAUGGGAAAGUUCGAAAGCGAAGGCUACUGGGCAAACUUCUUUUACCAGACUCACGGAAGCCGACGAGAACUUCUCAUUGAGGCUCUCACGGGAAGAAGCAAUGCGGAUAUUCGCAUGAUCAAGGACGAGUUCAAGGACAAACGCUACUCCGAUGACUUGGUCAAGUGCAUGGAAAAAGAAUUGAAAAUGGACAAGUUCCGAACGGCGAUUCUGAUGGUUCUGGAAGAGAGAAGACAGGAGGAACAAGAUGUCUAUCCGGUGGAGUAUCUGCACCGCGAUGUUGACACCUUGUAUCGAUCGAUCGCAGCCGAACGAGGAGGCGAAACUGCCAUGCUCGAGAUCAUUGUACGGAGAAGUGACGCGCAUUUACGAGAAGUGCUUCGUGUAUACGAGAGAACUUUCGGGGACAAUUUUGCCCGCGCGGCGCUGAAGAAGAGCAAUAAUCUGGUCGGCGAAGUGAUUGCACACAUCUUAAACGGCGUCAUCAACAGACCUGCUCGCGAUGCCCUGCUCCUCCAACACGCGAUACAAGACAUCGUCGAGAAGAAUCGUGAUGAUGAGCUUCGUUAUGAGUUGCUGAUCUCCAGACUGGUACGGAUGCACUGGGAUAAGGCACAUAUGCUGCGGGUUAAGCGCGAGUACUAUGACAAGUAUCGCCAGACUCUGGAAGACGCGAUUGAGGAGGCUACGAGGGGAGAUUUCCGGGAGUUCAUGUGCGAACUGUGCGAUCCAAAGGGCGUGAAGCAGUAGAGGUAGGCCAUGGCAUGAGAGCGAGGUGCGGCGUGAUCACAUAGAAACAGCUGGAGCUCCCGUUCAGGUGACCUUGAUGUCAUGCACCAGCAGCACACCUCCCUAUCCGUAAAGCAGCCACUAGUAGCCUUGCACAUAUUGCCGCAUCUGUCAAACACGGCAUACCCAUCGG